ACAACCACUCUCAAAGAAUUAAGAACUUUUGGCGCCAAAUCUUGUAACCUAGGUUUUGAAUCUCACGCUCAUUCACACGCAUUUCCUCUCUGCUCUCUCUUCGAUCCGAACGAACCAGAAGAAAGAAAAAACUCUGAAAGAUUCAAGUUCCUUUUUAUUUUUCUUGGCAAUAAAUCUCUGCCAGAGAGUUUCCAGAAAUUGUUGUGAGAAGCAAGGGCAUUGAGGUUUCGUUGAGGACUUUUUCCUGUUGAGUUUCUAGGUAUGGCUCUAAUGACAAGCGUAAAAUCCUAUUUUCCUCCGUUUGGUCGCUGAGAAAUUUAGGAAAGGAAAAUUGUUUGGACUUCUGAACAUAGAUUAUUUACCAUUUGGAAGCUGAGAAAAUGAUACAUUCCUGAUUUGACAGUAUACAGCGCUGUGGCAUAGUUGAGUCGACUUUUCAUUUGAGAAAUGUCCUAUGAGCCCCAUAUAUGUCAUGAAGUUAAAGAUUAUUUCUAACUGCUGAAAUGAGAUGCAAUUCAUGCUGGCGAGAACUCGAAGGGCGAGCCAUUUCCACCACAUGUGGUCACCUUUUAUGCCCGGAUGAUGCCAGCAAGAUUCUCAGUAAUGAUGGAGCAUGUCCCAUUUGUGACCAAGUGCUCUCUAAGAGUCUGAUGAAACCGGUGGAUAUCAAUCCAAACGAUGAAUCGAUAAAUAUGGCCAUGGCUGGAAUGUCUCCACAGAUAUUGAUGAAGAGUGCAUACAGAAGUGUGAUGUUCUACAUUGGGCAAAAGGAAUUGGAAAUGCAGUUCAAGAUGAACAGAAUAGUUGCUCAAUGCCGGCAGAAAUGUGAAGCAAUGCAAGAAAAGUUCACAGAAAAACUGGAGCAGGUGCAUACUGCAUACCAGAAAAUGGCCAAGAGGUGCCAAAUGAUGGAGCAAGAGAUUGAGAGCUUGUCCAAGGACAAGCAGGAACUCCAGGAAAAAUUCUCUGAGAAAUCCCGGCAGAAGAGAAAACUAGAUGAAAUGUAUGACCAAUUGAGAAGUGAGUAUGAGUCGACAAAACACUCAGCCAUCCAACCUGCGGGCAACUUUUAUACAAGAAAUGAGCCUGAUUUGUUCGCUAACCCUGCUAAUAUGAUGGAUAACAGAGAUCAUAUCAGAAAAGGGCCUAGAGAAGAUGUGUGGCCAGCAAGACAGAAUAGCUCAAACUCCGGUCCCUUUGAUAUCUCUGUUGGCUCACCAGCAAAACAAGCAGCCAUCCCAGUGGAUGCCGGGAACAGAAGGGCUGGUGCUCACCCUGUUUUUGGAACUGGAGCUAGUAACCCCUCAACUACUUUAAGGAACUUGAUACUCUCCCCAAUUAAGAGGCCUCAGCUCUCUCGUAACCGCCCUCAGAUGUUCACGUUUUAGGCCUGAAGCUGACGGCCUGCCAUUUGUUAGAUCUUAGUGAUGCUGGAUAUUUUCUCUGUAAAUUUUGUUUUCCUUAUCCUCAUUUUGACCCAAAAGGGGGAAAAAAAAACAAGGAUGAUGUAAAUUUGCUAAAGUACCAUGACCCGUCAGUCCUGAUAAAUUUUCUAUUGUAGUUUUUUUUUU